UCGGUGCAGAGAGACACCGUGAAGGAAACGGCGGAGUUGAAGGUGUUUUAGAAACGCGUUUUUCCUGUUUCUCUUCUGCGACAUGGCACCGGAGCGACAGAGACGCGUUUAAACACCGCCGACUGCCAGCGUUCACUAAAUAAAUACAGGAGUUCUGUUAUUACUGUGAAGAUGCUGAGAAAAGAAAAAUGGAUUCUGAAUUAAAGACAUCAAUGAUGUGAUUUAAAAAGAUUUUUAAAAAGCAGAGUUAAUUAGCAAUAAUUCAGAUGGAUUCCUACAAUAUCCACUUUGAGAAAAUGAGCAACUUCGACCUGCAUCCUGUUUCACAUUCUCCAACCAAGUACAGCAGCAGCAUCGAUCAGUACACACACCAUCACGGCAAAGGAGAUUCUGCUUACAGCUCUUUCUCCGGAGGAUCCACGGCCCCUGAUUAUCCUUCACCCUUCUUAGCAGAUGAUUUGCACACACAGAACCUGCACUACGCCGAUCUGAAGUACGUGAAGGCCGUGUACGGCCCCAGCAUCCUCGACUCCGAUUCCAAAGGCAUGUCUCAUCUGUAUCAUUCCAUGGAGGCCAUUUCACACCAACACCAUCACAGCCAUAAUGGAUGUUCUUAUGUCAAAGAUGCACCAGUGCCCAUCACCCAUUUACCUCCACCUCCACCACCACCACCACCUUUCACUGCACCACCACCACCUCCAAGUCCACCUCCACCUCCACCUCCUCCGCCUGACUAUUUAGACAGUUUUAUACCAGCUAAGACUCCUGAAACCUCAGUGAUGAGCCGGAGUCUUGAGGGUCAGUUUACUGGUGUUUCCUCCUUUAGGCACCAGACAUCUAAGUCUGAAAUCUUGGGACCCAAGCAUGACCUUGUUUAUGAUCUCUGGGUUCCUCAGAAUUAUGAGAGAAAGCAAGACCUUGUGAAGAAGACCCAAGAGUCAAAGUUAGAAGCCGGAUUCACUCAAUCUCCGCUACAGACGUGGCAGCCAGAACAUUUACAGCAGAACAUGGAGAAGCAGUCAGAUCACAGCAGGUCACAUUCAGCAUGCGGGGUUUCAGUCGCUGAGCAACAACACACAAUCAACUCCUGGCACAUGGCACAGAACACAAUCACUGGAAGCAUUCAGCACAAAGGACAGUUCUAUUUUGUCACUGGUGUGUACAAAUCAUGUGAGCCCAGUGCUCCUUCACCACCACAAUGUCCGACAGAUGACAUCGAGACUCACACACCAGCUGAAAUACAGAGAUCACAUAACACUGUGGAGGACAUGUUCAAAAACGUUCCUCUGAGGAAACAGAGCAGUGGAGAGUCCACACCAUAUGGAGAUGAAGAACCUUCAGGUAGCCAUCAUUUCUCAGAACUUCAAAAUGCUGCCGAAUUGGAAGACAUGAACAUGGACGUAGGCAGAUAUCACACCAGAAAUCACCCCAUCUUCUACUGUGGCCCAGAGGUCAGCUUCUCAACAUCAUCUCAGCAUAAACCUGUGACUUCUGCCCUCAGUGAAUUAGACCAAAAUAUUCAUUUAAAACAAGAGGAACCUGUGAAUAAACUGACAAGACAACCCUUAGCUGAUGUGCCCACAGAGAAGAUCAGCAAAGAGAUGACUCCUCUGCUGUACCAUCUCACAGGAGCCAGCAGAGCGAACGUUAUGAAGAGCGUAAAAAAGGACAGAAACUCUACUGUGGGAUGCAAGGAAUCAAACUGGAGUAAGGAUCAUCAGGAAGCAGGACAGGAGUCAGGUUCUCAUGGUGGUCACUCAGAGCACAGCAGUGAAGCGGCUAAAGAAGAGAAGUCGAAAGAGUUUUAUUAUCUGUGCAGCACCAUGGAUGAUUCCUUCAAAAAAUACUACAAAGAAAAGCUUAAAGAUGCACAAAGCAAGGUUUUGAGAGAGACUUCGUUCAAAAGAAAAGAUCUCAGACUCUCUUGGAAAAAGAUAAUUGAGCAAUGCUGCGAUAAGAGGCUCUCCGUCGUACCUUCAGGGCCUCCUUCACAGGAAAACCCCAAUCCAGCUCAUCUGCCCACACUUCAGAACACGGAUAUUCUGAAUAACACCAACCACGAGAUGGAGAAAGAGAUGGCGAAGCAGCAGAACAUCGCUCAGCCUCAGGUGCCUCGAGUUGGCUGUAGGAAACGUCUGACCCUAGAACAGAAGAAACUGUCCAACUCUGAGCCGGGAAAGCUGCACCAUCUGGGAGAAGGACCGACGCAUGUGACCUGCCGUUCCCUCGGCAAUGAGUCUGAAGGGCUGCUUUCAGAAAAGCAUCUUGAUCAUCACGGUCUAGUCGCGGUCAGACGUAAGGUGUUUGAGGUGAGAGAACGUGCAAUGUCUGCUUGCAGCUUCUCCAAGAGCUCUCUCAAGCACCUUCAGCAGAAGGCUUUGGCAGCAUAUAUGGAACGUAAAACUGGCUGCAAGGCGAUGGAGCCUCAGCAGGCAUCUCCACAGGUUCCCAAAGCACGGAGGCAUUCUGACUGGGGUUCUAAACCUUUCUCAGUAUCCAAAGAGAAGCCGCUGAGGCCGAUGUCUGCUAGUCGUGUUCAUGAUGCAGGUUCCAUCAGACAUGCCCAGUUCAGUGCUGCUCAACACGGUGGCCACUCGCGACAGUCCAGCUGGAGAGAACAACCAUCACCUCCAUCAGAGAAGUCUGCCUCUGUGGAGGAUCUGCUGGAGGCACGAGAACGAUCUUAUUCUCCCAGAAGCUUCAGCACAUCAUCAUCGCAAUCCUCUUACCAGAUCCAGAAACACGUAGACUCCUGUGCUUAUGGCAAAGAUAUCUCAGGAGCUGAAAUUAGAGUGGAAAGAGAGAGAGCAGAUUGUAAGGAGUACGCAGCGUCGGUUCUGGAUCAGAAGAGGGUCCGAAUGGCGGCGUCCAGAGGGAAAUCGAUGGAGGAACUUGGAACAGUGGUGGUUUCCAGGCCUAAAGUUCUCAGCAAAAGCUUCGAUCAGUUGAAUCACAUCCAGAUGUCUGACAGGGAGAAGGGAAACAGCAUUAAGCAACACUACACACCUCGGUUUGGGUCUGAUGAUGUUCAGGUCGGACCUGGACCCUGGACCUUUAAGGAGCAAGGUUCAUUAGAACACACAGCUACAUCUACAGCCAGCUCAUGGGUCAGAACAUCUCCUGUAUCGGGUAAGGAAGGCAAAGUCACAGCUACAUCCAGUUCUCCCAGAGGAACCAGUGAGAACAAUCUGAUAGUCAGCAAAAUUAAGGCUCCUCAAGAAAGGUUCUUAAUGAAGGGUGAAAUGUCAUAUGGAGAUGUGGGUGAUGUCCACCCUGUUGAUGAAGUAUCUCUCGGCUACGGGAUCACAACCGACGCCAGUCUGUGGAAUUUAUCGGAGACCUAUGAGGAGGAAACACACGAAGGAACAUCUUCCCAUCAUACACUCAAUCAUCAUCCUCAUCCUCAGAACACACAGCCUGCUGUAUACGGCAAGACCAGCUCGGUGUCAGGGUGUGAACGGCUAGCAUCGACUCCUGCUCCUGCUCUAGCUCCUGCAUUGGAUGGAGCUCAGGGACGGAAGAAGAAGGUGGAGAGGAAGCUUCCUGUAGAGCGGCCUCAGUGGGAGACACUGGUUCAGGAAGCGGUCACAGCAGACCAGUCAUUAGCUCGUGUUCUGUAUCCUGUUGCUAAUCGGAAGACAGCCGUCAUGCUAAUGGAGCAGAUGUUAUCUGAAGACAAUCUCUUGAUGGAAGAUCACUAUAAGAAGAAGCAGGAGCAGAAGGUUACCUCCCCGGAGCAGAAUACGAUCAGGAUGUCUUCUGCUGCUGCUGCUGCUGCUGCUGCUGCUGAUGAUGAUGAUGAUGAUGAUGAUGAUGUCAGCGGCUCCUCAGCAUCACAUGACAGCACGAUUCCACAGACUCUUCAGCAUCCUGCACUUUACAGUACUGGAGUCAACGUCACAGAGAAGAAGAGGCAGCUGAUGGCUCAUAUCGAAGAGCAGCUGAAGUCCCUGGAGGGACUGCGCUCGUCCCUGCGAGGCGAGGAGAAGGAAGUCGCGCUUCUGGGUAAUUCUCUGGAGGCUCUGGUACGAGAGAGCUGUUUACCUGCUGAGCUGGAGCGCUAUACGCAGUUCAUUGAAGACCUGGAGCGUGUCAUUAACCUGCUGUUGUGUCUGUCAGCACGUCUGGCCCGCGUGCAGAACGCCCUGAGCACCGAGGACGAGAACAUGGACUCUGAGGAGAAGGAAUCGCUGCUCAGCAGACAUCAGCUCCUGUGUAAACAGAGGGAAGAUGCCAAGGACCUGAAGGACAACCUGGAGCGGCGUGAGCGCAUGGUCUCCACAUUGCUGGCCAAACAGCUGACGGAGGUCCAGCUGCAGGAGUACCGACGCUUCGUCCAGAACAAAGCCUCGCUCCUCAUCCGCCAGAAAGACCUGGAGGAGAAGCAGCGGCUCGGGGAGGAGCAGCUCGAGGCUCUUCUCAACAGCAUUCCUCCAUGAAGCACCGAAUUUUCCCCUCCGUCUCUGUGAAUAAAUUUCGAACAUUCUGUAGCAUUUGGGGACGAAGCCACGCAUGAAAAUCUUUGUCAUAUAAACUUUAUUUUUACAUCAGAUGUAGUGAUCUAAAGCAACACAUCAUCGAGACGUUCACUCGGUCGGAGCACGAACCAUCUGCUGCCGAGUCUGAGACGCUGAGGUGCUGAACUGCUGACGCCAAAACACACGAAAAGGACGCAUAGUCUGUUAAUUGUUAGUGUGUGUGUGUGUGUGUGUGUGAGAGAUCUUGGUGGUCGUUUGGAAGCUGAGGUGCUGGAAAUGAGAACAUUAAUCGCCCUGUGAAUGAUUCUGUUUCUGUUUUCUGUAGAGUUUAAUUUAUUUUAGUCACAAUGCACUCGAAGUGAAAACCAAAACCAGGAAAAGCACUUUGUUAUUUUCGCCCUGUCUACAUUCCUAAUUUCUAAUUAUGCAACAAAAUACACUUACUAACUUUUAUUUAUUUCGUUGAUAUUAAGUCCUAAUGAUUUCCACCGACGUUUAAACACAUUCCUUAUUUUACUUCAGACUUUACCUUUUAGCCUUAGUUCAUCACGUCUCCUUCAGGUGUGUCAUUUAUACCAGACUCUGUCUUGGAGACUUCUGUAAAGUUUGCUGAUCUAACAGUGGAGGUCAGUGAAAGGAAACUGAAUCUAAUAACAUCAGAAGAGAGGAAGAGCUCGGAAUUUUACAGCAUCAGGCCAAGCACAGCUUCCUUCCUGUUUUAACAUGAAACCAAACCAGCUGUGUGUGUGUGUGUGAGAGAGAGUUCUGCCUGAUGGAUGAGUGCGGAAUAUUAGUUCAGGUUUCAUUCAGUCUGAUGAAGAUUUUCUAAAAGGAAUAAAAUGCAAAAUCUGUUUCUUGGAGCAUUUCUUCAGGAGUCUCACUACACCCUCGUUCUAUUAGGAAUCUUUCUACAAGCUAAAUGUGAGUGUGUAUUAUUAACAUGAAUAAUUUGUUCUUGAGUGCAUUGGGCUUACUUUGUGUUAUGACAUUAUAUUAUAAUGUCAUUAUAACUUUGACAUUAUUUUAAGAAAUUACGUUUUUCCCCUCUUGAUUUUUUUUGGUUAUUAUUAUUAUUAUUAUAUUUUUUCUUGGUUAUUUGACAUUUUCCCCAGUACACACACUUCACUUUGUGUGUUUGUUUAUGCGCAUGUGUUCGCAUCGAGAGAAGUGACUUUCUCUCACAUUUCUCAAUUUUAGAUGUUAGCUGUUUGUGUUGUAUAAACACAUGCGGGUUUGUUGUGGUUUGUGUGACGUUUUGUCCUUUAGAGGUUAAGUCUUUUGACAGGUUUGUGUUUGUGGCUUUAAUGAAUUCCAUGAGUUUUGCUAAAGACUGACAGUGUUUCCACACAAACACAAAAGUCCAGCAGCAGCAGAGUGUCACAUUCCUGCGUGAGUCUCAGAGUCUGUUUCCUGUCCAGCUGCUGCAUCUUUCUCCUGUCACUUCAUCACCGGUUAGAGUCCGCUGUCUGUUUUAUUAUAUACUUACCAACCAAAAGGAAGCAGAAGGAAUCAGACUCGAUAUCAAGCAGGUAGAGAACAUCAUCAUCAUCAUCAUCAUCCUCAUAUCAGAUGAUCUUUAUUUUUUUAACACAUCCUAAAAUAUCAGCAGGUGAUCUGGGAAACUCCUUCACAUGAAGACUUUAGGACUACAUAGAUUUCUGACCAUGUCACGUUUUACUGGACUUCACUUUUACAUUUAUCUUAAAAAUCGUAUCCUGAAUCCUCAGUUACACCCAAAAGUGAAAAAGGAGAGAAGCAUUUAAUGGUUUCAUUCUGUUUCCAGUUAAACAUCAGAGAUUUUAACUGCUGUUUAGAAAAGUGCUGUACACUUCCUUCAGUAUGUGAUGUAUAAAAAAUAAUAAAGCUGGUCGUCAUUGAUCUGCAGAUCACGGCUUGAGAUUUGAUCCUGAGUCGGUUU